UAGUGAGACAAAGAAUACACAAGUUUGAUAAUCUGUCAAAUUGUACAAAUUUAUUAUUUUGAGAUGUAAAAUUUGUCUCACAGACACAAAGCUGCUCAACCAAAUACAACCAUAAUAACAACGUGUUUAAAAAGUUUCUAUUAUUUCUAUCCAUGGGACCAGCAGAUGAACUAAAUAUGUUCCAUUAUUCUAAAUCCCUUAACCUAUAUAUAUAUUAUAUAGGAGACAUUCAACAGGGGCAUAUUAUAUCUCCAUGUCGAAGAAUUCUGAAAAGUGGUAUCUUUGAUUUUGUACUUUGAAAUUGCUUGUAGGAUUAUGAACUGUGGUCUCUAUGAAGCCAUUCUUUUUUUUUUGAUUGGCUAGCGCACAAGAGAUUAGAUUCACAAUUAUUUUGUCUACUAAGCUACAGUCGAUUCAACAUGCCGAAUCUAACGAGAGUCCGUGUAGUCCACAUAAUCAACUAAAGAAAAAGAAAGAAAAAAAGCGCGGACUGAUCGAUCCUAUCAAUACUUCCUGUGACAAGAAGAAAAAACACAAAGAGCCCUAUGAUUGUAGCACUUCAGCUGCCUCUCAACCACCUUCUGGGCUCGGUUCAUCCGACAGAAACACCGAGAAACAAGCGGUCGCUGAUUUUCGCCGAGAGCAUUUGAUUACGGUCAGCUCACAAGAAUCUAUUUUUGAUCCAAUUUUUAGUUUUUCACAACUCAAUUUUCCUCCGAAACUUGUUUCUUGUCUUCAGUCCUUUUCUGAGCCAACGCCUAUACAGAGCCAAUGUUGGCCCAUUAUACUCGCCAGAAGGGACAUAGUAGGAAUAGCCGAAACGGGGUCUGGCAAGACGCUAGGCUUUUGUCUGCCAAUCUUGUACCGGCUCGAUCAGUCAAUAUCCCCUGCAGGAAGGAAAAGGCUCCGUGUAUUGAUUUUGACGCCUACUCGAGAGCUGGCGAUGCAGACGGCUGAAGUGUGCGAUAAAAUAGGAAAGGAAAUAGGAAUUUGCACAGUAUGCGUGGUUGGUGGCUUACACCGAUCAAUUCAGAAGAAGCAGCUGAAGAAGGGUGCUGAUAUUGUCGUGGCUACUCCUGGUCGACUUUUGGAUUUGACAACAGAAGAUGACUUGAGUCUCAAUUACAUUGAAUUCUUCGUUUUAGAUGAGGCAGAUCGAAUGUUGGAUAUGGGCUUUGAGAAGGACAUUCGUGCUAUUGCUGAUCAUCUUCCGGAAAAAAAACAGACGCUUAUGUUUAGUGCGACAUGGCCGAAAUCGAUUCAGAGUAUCUGCAAUCAAUAUUUGGUAUCUCCGAUUAAAGUAACAAUAGGUAAAGCUGAUCAGCUCAAUGCAAAUCGCAACAUCAAGCAGAUUGUGGAAGUGAUAGAUCCCAAGUCUCGCGACGCGCGUUUGCGCGAGCUACUGAAAAUGUACCACAAUGGCAAGAACAAAGUGAUUGUGUUUGUCUUAUAUAAAAAGGAGGCGUCAAGAAUCGAGCGGAUGCUGCGCGAGCGAGGCUGGAACGUUCAAGGACUGCACUCUGACAAAAACCAAGCACAAAGAACAAUUGCGAUGAAUUCGUUCAAGUGCGGACAGUGUCCGUUACUUGUCGCUACAGAUGUGGCUGCGCGUGGUGUCGACAUUGAGGAUGUCGAAUACGUGAUCAACUAUUCAUUCCCGUUGGUCAUGGAGGAUUACGUCCAUCGUAUAGGUAGAACUGGCCGCUCUGGCAAGUUGGGUACAGCGCACACUUUUUUUACUGUUUUUGAUAAGAAGCACUCUGGAGCGCUUAUUCAGUUGCUAAAAGAGGCAAAACAGGUUGUUCCACCGGAGAUAUUAAAAUUUGGAACAGCUAUUCAAGAAAAAGAGCCAAAAAUAGGAAAGAUUGAAUUAAACGUGGAAUGCAAUGACGAUCAUUUGAUUUUCAAUUAAAUAAGAAUAUGCAGAACAUUCGCGAUGUUAUUUACAGAAUUCUGUGCAGAGAAUUUUAGGUGAAAUGGUAUCACAGCUAUUCAAUAUAGUAAAUGCUUGCCAGAUGCAGUGUUUCCAUAUAUUUGAUAUCUCAAAAAAAAUUACCAAACUACGUUUAGUGUGUGUGAUAUAUAUAUAUAUAUAUAUUAUUGCAUUUUGUAAAAACAUAUUUGAUUAUUUUUUGUAAUUAUUGGCUAUCUUUUUG